CUGAAUUGAGGAUCUCGACCAUGCAAACUAUUCUUCAAAUGGACAGGCUACUGUACAUGACCCAGUCAAUUGGCUGCUGGGUGUUGUCUGGUUCGAAUCCGCCACUAAUUUGCUUGGAGUAAAGAGAAGGGGCGACCCCACCAGUGACAUGACGUCAGAGCUUAACAUACAUAGAUCUGGCUCAUGGUAUCAAACGACAGUUUAUUCAAACAUUCGAUGAGAAUCAGAAUGGCUUGCACACAUACGGAAUAUUCCACGGACAAUCCUCUGAACAGAGAGCCCUCUGUCAAGGAGCUCGUCUCGAGGUACCUAUCCACUUUACGCUCAGAUCUGGGCACUGACAAUGCCAGUUUCAUAACACCGGGCGCAAUAUCAUACGAUCGGAACCAUGGCCCUGUUCCCCAUAUUUCAGCGAGCACACACACCGUUACGAUCGAUGGGCUUGUUCCGAAUCCCCUGCGCCUUACAGUCAAUGACCUAGCCACAAAGUUCCCACAACACGAGAUAUGCUGCGCGCUCGAAUGUGCCGGCAACAGACGCCAUACCAUGCGCACAAUGCUGAAAGAAGUCGAGGGCAUUGACUGGGGCGACGCAGCUGUGAUGAACUGCAAGUGGAAAGGACCGAGACUACGAGAUGUCUUGCGGCAUGCUGGGGUGCAAGAGGCUCAUCCGGGACUACAUGUCGCCUUCUCGAGCUACCAAGUGCCAUGCCAGGAGGACAAGUGGUUCGGUGGUAGUGUAGAGCUAGCGAGGGCGCUGAGCGAGGACGCCGAUGUCAUUCUUGCUUUGGAGAUGAAUGACAACCCCCUCGAGCCAAAUCAUGGAUACCCGGUUCGAGUGGUUCUACCUGGGAUCGCCGGUGCGCGAUGGGUGAAAUGGCUUGACCGCAUCACGAUCCAAGACCAGGAAUCAACCAAUUUCUACCAGCGGCGCGAUUACAAGGUCUUGCCGGAGGAGGCCGUGGACAAAGACGCAGCGGAACAAUUUUGGGAUAAAACGCCGGCGAUGUGUGAGGUGCCCAUCAACUCGGUUAUAGCCGUACCAGAAGAUAAUGAGACGAUAACUCUCUCAGAGUCAGGGAAAUAUGAGGUCAAAGGCUAUGCAGUCCCCCAGGGAUCGGACGGGCCAAUCACGAAGGUGCAGGUUUCCGGUGACGGAGGAAAAGGUUGGGUGGAUGCACAGAUUGGGAAUCGGGAUCUGGACAAUGACAAAGAUAGGACGAAAAAAUGGUGCUGGGUCCUCUGGAGUGCUGAGAUCGACGUCGAGAAGGGAUCCGGAAGAGAGAUAGUGAGUCGGGCAUAUGAUGCCGGGGGGAACCAGCAAGCAGCGCAUUCUCAAUGGAACCUGAGGGGAGUGGGCUACAAUGGGUAUGGAAGAGCAAGGAAUUUGACAGUCGGGUAGAGAGGAGAAAAUGCUCGACAAGAUACUGAGAUGGCCGGAUGAGAUGUUUAAUGCGAUGAUUCAUGAGAUGCUUAAUGGGUGCUUGGCGAUGUCUUUUGUUCUUGGUUCAGUAUGUAUGGGAUUUUCUGUUUCAUGAUAGCGUCUUUGCACUGCGUUCGCCUAAUUAGGCAGUCCUAUUGCCGUAUCGCAACCUGUAUCCUUGCUCUUACGUCCUACCAAGCACACCGUUUCUCCAAAUUCAACACUGCAGUGCCUCUUCAUGGAAGACGUGCAGCACAAAGCCCCAAAUUACAAGUCUUAACCAAAGACAUUCUUGACCCAAAACUUCCAAAGCCCUAACU